AUGUUCCUUCACUUCCUUCACCCAGCUGAGAGUUCCUCAUUACUUGCCAUUUCUGCUUCCUUACACGUUACCGUUCGCAAGCUCCCAUACCCCCAGAGCGCUACCAGAGCAUCGAAGCAACCGCCAACCUUGUGCCCAGUCAAAAUGGCCACCUUCCAUUCCAACGCAAGCAGCUGCGAGUCUUUGCUGACAUACCUCAACGCCAUGAAAAGUGAUCCUUCUAAAUGGAAGCUUUAUGAUGCAAUCGUCCUGAACCGGGCCAUCAUGAACGCCCAUAACUGCGGAAACAACUUGCACCAGUCUCUCUCCUUGGCAAAUUUCCUUUUGGGGUGGAAAGAACUUAUCUGCAUCACCAUCCCUGUACCCAAAGCCGAAGGAGACCGCGCUGAAGAACAUGAGAGCUGGUCCUGGGAUCUUCACUAUGCAUUGUUCACGAGGUUCACUCGAGGCGGGUGGUGCGAGGUCCGCCUUCUUCAUCCUAACGCUCACGGCACAACUCCUCUCCUCCUGUCUCGUAACGUUGCGCACCUGGAGAAGCUUAUACUCCCUAUUGCUGCUUACAAUGCGGCAACCGCGUGCCGACAGAUGUUGACAGAGGAUUCCACGACAAAAAACGCUGCUUUCCUCGCUUCCGUGAACGACGAGCUGAAGGGGAUCUGGGCGGCGCAUGGAAUCACCUGUGAACAGGGGCAUCCACGUCCAGGUGAAGACGGAGCCAUCAUCGCCAUCUCUUGGGUUAACCGCCUGUGGAUGGAGCGGUACAGCGAGGUGGCCGCCCUUUGUCAGAAGACACACCUGGCCGAGAACCCGGAACCCAUGCCCUGGCAGUUCAGCCGCACGGUUCCUCUGCCAUCAUUUCUGGAUUUUUUCCAUGAUGGCUUGAGGAAACACCUCGUUCUCUAUCAUGGCGCCACAGACCAUGAGGCAGGUGAAGUGGCGUCGUCCAGGUGCAUGCAAUGUGUAGCCAAGAGAUGGGAUGCGGUAGCUCAUCCGCCCAUGAAGGGCUGGCCAAUCUCAGAUUUGCCGAUACUCGAGGAUUACUCUUGCUUGGAGGCCACUUGCUCCUACCGCGCAACUGAGUUGAAUUAA